AUGGCGACAAGAAGAGGAGUAACGAUAGAUAUACGUCCAAAGGACAUUUACGAAAUAACGCACAAGCUUUUCAACCACAGUUUUGAGACUGAGUAUCUCUCGGAGCCAGACGGUAUCAGAAUUGGUCUCUAUGUGCAACUCUUUGAGGAUUACGGAAUGUACUAUUAUCACCUUCCUGAUACCACAAAGAGGCGUUCUCCGACAGGAGAUACAGGAAUGGAUGCCUACAGAAACGUAGAAAUCGCAAAGCUCGUAAAUGGAAGUCAAAUUGUAAAGUUACAUGAGAGGUUCCUUGAAAGAUGUACAGCUGUUUCUGCGUACAUUGGAAACUAUAGACCGGACCGUCCCCUUUUAAUUGGACUAUUUUACGACUUUGGCCACGAAAGGUACUUUGUAAAUCUAGGAAAUGGCAACUGGAAAGAGAACCCCUCUGUGAAUUCCACCAACGUAAACCAAGAAGUUGCCAGACUUGUCUUUAGCAUAAAUCCGAUUAGCAUCAUGAAGGGAAGAUGUAAUGGGAAUUUUAAGGAAAAGAAUGUGGAAUGUAAGUACUAG